CGACUGAGAAACAUCAUGAGGUACCGUUCGUGUGAUAAUAGUACUGCCACUAACGCACCAAUGAAUUGUCUUUGGCGGACUGAUUUGGAACACUACGACUUGAGGAUGGUGCCUUUGUACCUGUGCGUGACUUUGGCGGUGGUCGCUGUUGCCAGUGGCGCGCCGCCCAAAGCCGGUGACGUCACCAAGGUGGCGCUCAACUCCGGCACCUUCAUGCCCAUCGUGGGGCUCGGCACGUCGAAGGUGACCGAUGAACGCGAAAUGGAGCAGACCCUUGACGCCGCCCUGGAGGCCGGCUACCGCCACAUCGACACCGCCACCGUCUACCGCAACGAGCACCUGAUCGGCAAGGUGCUCAAGAGGUGGCUGUCGGAGGGCAAGUUGAAGCGCGAGGACCUGUUCAUCACCACCAAGCUUCCAUUGUACGCCAUGAGGGCUGCCGACGUGCCGUACUUCCUCAACGAGUCCCUCACCAAGCUGCAGCUGGACUACGUCGACAUGUACCUCAUCCACAUGCCGUUCGCCGUGAAGCGCGAGGCGUACAGCGACGGCCGUUUCGACGACAACGGCACCGAUCCCACGACGGACCACCUGGCCAUCUGGAAGGCCAUGGUGGCCGAGAAGGAGGCCGGGCGCGCCAAGGCCCUGGGCGUGUCCAACUUCAACGAGACGCAGAUCGAGCGCAUCAUCAAGAACAGCCCCGUGCCGCCCGCCAACCUGCAGGUCGAGCUGCACCUCUACCACCAGCAGAAGCCCCUCGUCGCCUUCUGCAAGAAGAACAACAUCGCCGUGACGGCGUACGCUCCCAUCGGCAGCCCGAACGCCAAGUGGGUCGUCCUAUCGGGGAGGAAUCUCCCCGAUCUGUUCAGCCUGCCCGAGGUCAAGGCCAUCGCCCAGAAGCACAACAAGACCACGGCUGAGGUGCUCCUGCGGCACACCGUGCAGAGGGGCAUCAUCGUCAUCCCCAAGAGCUCCAACCCCAAGCGCAUCAGCCAGAACAUCGACAUUUUCGACUUCGCCCUGGACGACAACGACGUGGCCACCCUGGACGCCCUGGACAAGGGCAUCGACGGCAAGCUGUUCAACAUGAAGGGCUUUGCCGGGGCGGAGAACCACCCUGAGUAUCCCUGGCCUGCCCUGCGGAACACGCCACAGAAGGCCUAAGCAGCUCCAACAUCAUUCAUUCAUUCAUCCAUCCGCGUUCAAGAAUGAGCACCAGAAAAUUUACACCACAUCAUUUUCUACUUGCUGACGUCCGCCCAUGCUUUUUUGGGGCGUCAAGAUACGAGUCAACUCCUUGAAAGAAAAAAAAAACAGUUUAAAAUUAAAGCAGUUAUUUAUGUGUACA